CGCGGCGCGCGCGAGGCGGCCCGGCAUUCGGGCUGCCUGUCAGAAUCUCGGACGAAGAAUUCUGCGUUCGCCCGCGAGCCCUCGGCUUCGCGCCGGGCCUCGGUGUCUCUGCUCGGGCCGGCCCGGGCGGGCGGGCGGGCCGAGGAGCCGAGGGUCGGGGCUGUGCCCCCAUGCCACCUUCCCGGCGCCUCGCAUACCCUGGCCCGUGGUUUCUUAAGACAGCCAUUUUUGACUCUCCAAGGGCCGACACCAUGGCGUUCCCUCAUUUGCAGCAGCCCAGCUUCCUGCUGGCUAGUCUGAAAGCAGACUCUAUAAAUAAGCCUUUUGCACAGCGGUGCCAAGACUUGGUUAAAGUCAUCGAGGAUUUUCCAGCAAAGGAGCUGCAUGCCAUCUUCCCAUGGCUGGUGGAGAGCAUUUUUGGAAGCUUGGAUGGCAUCCUCGUAGGCUGGAACCUUCGCUGCCUUCAGGGACGUGUGAGCCCCGUGGAGUUCAGCAUUGCAAUGGAGUUUCUAGACCCGGGUGGCCCAAUGAUGAAGCUGGUGUAUAAGCUUCAAGCUGAAGACUACAAAUUUGACUUCCCCGUCUCCUACUUGCCUGGUCCUGUGAAGGCAUCGAUCCAGGAGCGCGUGCUUCCCGACAGCCCCCUGUUCCACAACAAGGUCCAAUUCCCCACCACAGGGGGGCCGAGCCUGCACCUAUCCCUCAAUCCGUUUGAGUAUUACAUGUUCUUCUUCGCUUUGAGUCUCAUCACUCAAAAGCCUCUCCCUGGGACCCUCCACGUCCGGACUUCAGACUGUGCCUAUUUCAUCCUGGUGGACAGGUACCUGUCGUGGUUCCUGCCCACAGAGGGCAGCGUGCCCCCUCCACUCUCUUCCAGCCCGGGAGGGCCGACCCCGGCCCCAGCUCCCAGGACACCAGCCAUGCCCUUUGCUUCCUAUGGCCUGCACCACACCAGCCUCCUGAAGCGACACAUCUCUCACCAGACGUCUGUGAAUGCAGACCCUGCCUCCCAUGAGAUCUGGAGGUCAGAAACGCUGCUCCAGGUCUUUGUCGAAAUGUGGCUUCACCAUUAUUCCUUGGAGAUGUACCAAAAGCUGCAGUCCCCGCACGCCAAGCUGGAGAUUCUGCACUACCGACUCAGUGUCUCCAGCGCCCUCCACAGCCUCCAGGCCCUCCACGCCUACCAAGAACCCUUCUCCCCCACAGAGGAGCAUGUGCUCGUGGUGCGUCUGCUGCUGAAGCACCUGCACGCUUUCUCCAGCAGCCUGAAGCCCGAGCAGCUCUCGCCCUCUGCACACUCACACGCCACCAGCCCGCUGGAGGAGUUCAAAAGGGCUGCCAUCCCCAGGUUUGUCCAGCAGAAGCUCUACCUCUUCCUGCAGCAUUGCUUUGGCCACUGGCCCCUGGAUGCAUCCUUCAGAGCCGUGCUGGAGAUGUGGCUGAGUUAUCUCCAGCCAUGGCGGUACGCCCCUGAGAAGCUGGUUCAGAGCAGCGACAGCCAGCCCCGGAGCGUGUCCGAGAGAUGGGCACCCUUUGUGCAGGAGAACCUACUCAUGUACACUAAGCUCUUUGUGGGCUUCCUGGGCCGCGCGCUCCGCACUGACCUGGUCAGCCCCAAGAACGCGCUCAUGGUGUUCCGCGUGGCCAAAGUCUUUGCCCAGCCCAACCUGGCUGAGAUGAUCCAGAAAGGUGAGCAGCUGUUUCUGGAGCCCGAGCUUGUCAUCCCCCACCGCCAGCACCGGCUCUUCACAGCGCCCACAUUCACCGGGAGCUUCCUUUCAUCGUGGCCCCCAACUGUCACUGACACCUCCUUCAAGGUGAAGAACCACGUCUACAGCCUGGAAGGCCAGGACUGCAAGUACACCCCAAUGUUCGGGCCUGAGGUCCGGACUCUGGUCUUACGCCUGGCUCAGCUCAUCACACGGGCCAAGCAGACAGCCAAGUCCAUGUCUGACCAGUGCGGAGAGUGCCACAGCAGCCACCCCUUCCUGGCCUGGCUGGGCUUGUUCUCCACCGAUACCAAUGGCUCCUGCCCCGCCAACGACCUGGACGAGAUGGGGCAGGACAGCAUCCGCAAGACGGACGAGUACCUGGAGAAGGCCCUGGAGUACCUGUGCCAGAUGUUCCGACUCAGCGAGGCCCAGCUGGCACAGCUCACCCUGGCCCUGGGGACAGCUCAGGAUGAGAAUGGGAAGAAGCAGCUCCCAGACUGCAUUGUGGGUGAAGACGGCCUCAUCCUUACGCCGCUGGGCCGCUACCAGAUCAUCAACGGACUGCGCCGGUUUGACAUCGAAUACCAGGGGGACUCGGAGCUGCAGCCCAUCCGCAGCUAUGAGAUUGCCGGGCUGGUCCGCGUGCUCUUCCGCCUGUCCUCGGCCAUCAACCACAGGUUUGCAGGCCAGAUGGCAGCCCUGUGCUCGCGAGCAGACUUUCUCGGCAGCUUCUGCCGCUACCACCUGAUGGAGCCUGGGCUGGCCGACAAGCACCUGCUCAGCCCCGUGGGGAGGGCUGGGGUGACCAGCCGCGUCCGGGGCCCCAGGCUGAGUCUGCGCUUCCUGGGGAGCUACCGCACGCUCCUGUCCCUGCUGCUGACCUUCUUCGUGGCCUCUCUGUUCUGCGUCGGACCCCUGCCCUGCACCGUCAUCCUGCUGCUGGGCUACCUCCUCUACGCCAUGGCCAUGACCCUGCUGACCGAGCGAGGCAAGCUGCACCAUCUGUAAACACAGGCGGGAUGCCACGAGGCCCACCUGGGCAUGGGAGGCGCCCUGGCCUGAGCUGGCCCACCUGGCUCUUGUAGGCGGGUACUCCUUGAUGCCCAGGCGCCGCCCAGGAGGUGGCAAAGCGAGGACGACGUGCGGUCCCAAGGAACGGCGGCGAAGAAUGCAGGCACCCCACUAAUUGGGGCCAUGACCCUGACCCUACGCUGGGGGACCCGGGCUGAGGGGGCUUUCGAGGCCUUUCCAGCACUGCUUUCGGAUUUCUCCAUGGGAGCCCCAGAUGUGGGCGGGCCACGCCUUCCCCCUCUGCUCCCUUCUCAGCCUUGCCGUGGAUGUCUCUCCUCUCCCUGGCUGGGCCCCCUUCCAGGGAAGGAUCAGAGACCCUGGGAGAAUCCUGAGUCUUUAAUCGGGUUCUCUGAUUCCUACCUGUAAACAAAGUUUUGCUAACACCUUUGACGAAGCAAGCAAGGGUUGUGCUUUUGCAGUAAUUGCAGCCCCGGGUUGGAUGCCUGCCUUUGAGAACAGAUCUCCCGGAGCACAGAGGCUAAUUAGGAACGUCUGUCCUUGCACGUGGGUAGAUCCUGCUUGCUCAAGGCGCUUCUCUCCAGUGCAGGGACUCUGCUGGCUCCCUCGGGUCACUUGUCACCCAGCACCUGUUCUAAACCAAAGAUGGCCAAAAGCAUUUCUUGUUAUCUUCAAUAAAAUCAAGUGCUCGGAAGCAGUCACCUUUUCAUAGUCUGCAGAUACUCGGACAGCAGAGCCCUCAAUCCCACAGGGUCUUUAAACCUUCAUCUAACAAGUGAUGGACCACAAAGAAUACUCUUUGUGAUUUAAAAAAAAAAAACAAAAAAAUACCUUUAGUGUGGUUUCCAUGGAAUAUUUUAAAAGAAGGUUUAAAUGUUGGAUUUUGUAUUUUGGUGUAUAUUUGGAACCUGUGACCAAAAAGUAAGUCAAACUCGUAACCAGCUGUGAAUGUGAAUAAAC